AGCUUGGAGUGGCCGCGUGGGGCAGCACCGCAGGACAACUCAACCACCAAUUCUUCUGCUCCGCCUGCCACCCACGAACAAACACGAGCAGCAACCGUAGCCUGCCAGAAGAUCGCACGCCCGUCGCCAAGCUUCGUUUCUCCCCCUUCCCCUCACCUCCGCCGUUCCCUCUCCUGGACCCCCAAACACAGCGUCCCGAAAUCUAGCCUGACUCCUCUCUCCCUGCCUGCCAAGAAAGAAAAGGCGCCACGUUGACAUCGCGGAUGCCGUAGCGGGUGGGCGGGCGCGCGCGCGUGCCAGCCAUGCGCUCGUGAUGGCCCGGCCGUUCCAGAAGAUCGGCCACGGCCUCGAAAGGUUCUCGUUCAGGCGCCGGAGGUCGGCGUCGUCGCCGCCGUUGCCACCACUGGCCUCGGACGGCACGGACGCCUCCUCGAUGGAGGCGCAGGCGCAGGCGCAGGUGCAGGCGCCGCCUUUCAGCAAGAGGGCGCUGUCGAGGAGCUGCGGGUCCAAGGGGAGCCGCCUGUCCGUGGACCUCCCGCCGCCGCUCGCCGGCGGCCCUUCGGACAGGGGUGCGGCCGGGACCUCGUCCUCGUCCUCGCUCGCGGUGCCGCCCAAGCCUGUCCGGCACGAGGGCCCGCCCUCAGAUGCGGACAUCGUGAGGGAGAAGUUCUCCAAGCUGCUGCUCGGGGAGGACAUGUCCGGCACCGGGAAAGGGGUCACAUCCGCCCUUGCCCUGUCCAACGCCAUCACUAAUCUUGCAGCUUCUGUGUUUGGUGAGCAGCGCCGGCUGCAGCCCAUGGCCGCCGAGCAGAAAUCGCGUUGGAAGAAGGAGAUCUACUGGCUUUUGUCCGUCGCUGACCACAUUGUCGAAUUCGUUCCUUCGCAGCAGGUCGCCGAGAACGGGACCUGCAUGGAGAUAAUGGUAACCCAGCAGCGCCAAGAUCUGAAAAUGAACAUCCCCGCGCUGCGCAAGCUCGACGCGAUGCUCCUCGAAUACCUCGACAGCUUCGAGGGCGAGCAGGAGUUCUGGUACGCGUCGAAAGAUGCGGACGAACCGGGGAAGGGCAACGUGCCGAGGCAGGACGACAGAUGGUGGCUCCCGACCGUCAGAGUCCCUCCCAGUGGCCUGUCAUACGCGUACAGGAAAUGGCUUCAGAACCACAAGGACCUCGUUGCGCAGGUGCUCAAGGCAGCGAUGGCGAUCAACGCCAACAUUCUUAUGGAGAUGGAGGUCCCUGAAUCGUACAUGGAGUCCCUCCCAAAGAAUGGCAAGUCAACGCUUGGAGAUUCAGCGUACAAGCUUAUAACCGACGACUGUUUCGACGCCGAAGAACUUCUGCGCUCCGUGGACUUGUCGGACGAGCACAGCAUCGUCGAUCUGAAGAACCGGGUCGAAGCCUCGGUGGUCAUCUGGCAGAAGAAGAUGACCCACAAGGACAGCAAGCUGUCGUGGGGGCACAACGCCAGGCACGAGAAGAGGGGCAUGUUCGAAGGGCGGGCGGAAAACGUGCUUCUCCUCAUCAAGCACAGGUUCCCCGGCAUCGCCCAGUCGGCUCUGGACAUCAGCAAGAUCCAAUGCAACAAGGUAGGGGGAUCGGAGGAAGAAGCAUUCAGAGUUCCAUUGCUCUUUUUUUUUCAGACACGCCACAUUGCCUCACUGACGAAUGCCCUGCAUCAUGCGUACCUCCCUUCUACCAUGCAUCUUCUUCUUUUUCGUCAGGAUGUUGGCCUUGCCAUUCUGGAGAGCUACUCCAGGGCUCUGGAGAGCUUGGCCUUCACGGUCAUGUCUCGGAUCGAAGAUGUUCUCGGCGCGGACCUGGCCACUCGAGACGACCCCAAGAACGCAGCAGGGUUGAUGAGGAUCGCCAGUUUACCUUGUUCGGACGACACCGACAAGGUCGUCUCGGACGCCAAGGCCGAGGUGGAGAGGAUGAGGAGGAUGGAGCCGGUCCCGCCGGCGCCGAUGCUGUACGACUUCGUCGGCCCACGGGACCAGGACCUCGGUCCAAGGGUGACGAAGAUCUCGUCGGUUGCGACCAAGAGGUUCUCGUACCUUGAGAAUUUGGGUGGGACGAGAAGCCCGAUAGCUAGACACUAGCUCCUAUAGCUAUAUGGGUGUGAGUGAGGCUAGAUGGAUCUUGGAUUGGAUCAUGCCGCCACAGAGACUUUGUAAAUAGCACAGAUGUCCACAGGAUCAUGCAUGGCAUUCGGGAUUGAGGGUGCCGAUGUGAGGUCUUGGCAUGUUUCCAUGAACUGAUCGUGAGACCAUAGCUCAUGAACUGGUUGGUGUUCAACGAUGGGCCUGUGGGAUUUGUACUUGUGUAAUAUAUUUCAAAAGAUGAGAGGAAAAGAUUGUAUAUUUUUUCUCUA